GGGAAACGUUCUUAUUAGUCAUUUUGUAGUAAGAGAUCAAAAGCAAAAACUCUUAUGGCUUCCCAACAAAAUAAUCAUACACAUCAAAUUAACUUUUUGGCCAUGAACACCAGAGUUACGAAUCCAUCUUGUUUCACAGUUGUUCUAUUUUCCAUUACGCUGGUCUUGGCUUUUGCCAUACGUUCUUUGAGAUUCAAGAAACCAAAAGGCCAGCUUCCUCCGGGUCCAUGGGGAUGGCCAAUUCUUGGGAACUUGUUCCAAAUGGUCAUGAACCAGCCGGCUCACCUGUGGGUCCACCGCUUCAUGGAAGAUAUGCACACCGAGAUAGCUUGCUUUCGCUUUUUUGGCGUCCACGUCAUUACCAUAACCUCAAGCGAGAUCGCACGAGAAGUGCUGAGGGACAAAGACGAGGCUCUCGCGGACAGAUCAGAGUCGUACUCGAGCAAUCUAAUCAGCGAUGCCUACAAGGACAUUAACUUCUCUCCCUACGGAGAGAAAUUAAAGCUGAUGAAGAAAGUGAUGACCACCAAACUAAUGUCUCCGACAACAUUGAACAAGACUCUUCAUGAUAGAACUUCAGAAGCAGAUAAUAUCGUCACAUAUGUCUUCAAUCAAUGCCGAUUAGGGUCAACGACGAAGCCCGUUAACGUGAGGGAUGUCGCCUUAACUUAUUGCCACGCCGUGAUGAUGAGGAUGAUGUUUGGCCAGAGGCAUUUUGAUAAACCGGCAAAGGACGGUGGUCUAGGGCCGAAAGAGAAAAAGCAUUUGGACGCAAUAUACCGAUCUCUAGAUUGCUUUUUCAGCUUUAAGGUAACCAAUUAUGUCCCUUUUCUUAGAGGAUGGAACCUCGAUGUAGAGGAGGCAGAGAUAAGAGAAACGGUUGAUAUUCUCAACAAGUGCAAUGACCCGAUCAUCCACAAGAGGAUGCAGUUGUGGAGGAAUGAAGGUGGAAAGGAGACGGAAGAGGAUUGGCUCGAUACUCUUAUCACGCUAAAAGAUGACCAAGGGAUGCCUGUAUUCACACUUGAUGAGAUUAGAGCUCAAUGCAAGGAUAUGAAUGUUGCGUCAAUCGACAAUACGAUGAAUAACGUGGAGUGGACGUUAGCGGAGAUGUUGAAUCACCCUGAGAUUCUUGAGAAAGCCACAAAUGAACUGGACAUGGUAGUUGGUAAAGACAGACUUGUUCAAGAAUCAGACAUACCACAACUCAAUUACAUCAAAGCUUGUAGCCGAGAAUCUUUCCGACUUCACCCAGCUAAUGCGUUAAUGCCUCCUCAUGUAGCCCGACAAGAUAUUACUCUCGCUGGUUAUUUCGUCCCUAAAGGUAGUCAUGUUCUUGUGAGCCGUAUAGGGCUUGGUCGGAACCCUAAGAUAUGGGACGAACCUGACGCGUAUAAGCCCGAGCGACACCUUGAUGAUAUCUGUGCUAGAGACUCAACGGGUGUGACUCUGAUGGAACCAGACAUGCGGCUUGUGAUAUUUAGCACGGGUCGGCGUGCCUGUCCAGGAAUUAAGAUUGGGUCAUCUAUGACCUUCAUGUUAUUAGCCAGGCUUCUCCAAGGGUUCGAAUGGAAAAAAGAAAGUCAAGUCGAGCUCAUCGCGGCUGAUAGCAACUUGUUCAUGGCCAAGCCUCUACUCGCAUAUGCGAAACCUAGGUUGGCUCCUGCCUUAUAUCCCAAAAUGCAGAUCUAGCAUUUGGAGAGGUGAUUUCGGUGGCGAAUAAUCAAAGAUAUAAUUAAAUAUAGUAAAAUAAGAUUUAUGUUCCCACCCAAUUCUCCGUAAUAUCAAUUUAUGACACUGUAUUACAUUGUGUGUAGCUGUGCUUUUUUUUUAUUUUAAUUAUUAUAUCAAGGUUGGGUUUCGAAUAAAUCCAGUUUCAUUAAUGUAUGAAUGUUGGGUUUCUGUUAUAAAAUAAAAUAAAAUAUUGGUAAGAUU